GUAAGUUUAAAAAACCAGAUGAAGAACUUGAGUAUGAUUCUAACGUUGCUAGUGCUAUUGCUCCUCACUAUGGAGCAAGGGAAUGCUUUUGAUUGUGAACAAGCAAAGACAUCUGUAGAGCCUUGUACCUCAUUCCUCGUCGGUGAUGAUGCCGAGCCAUCAGCUAGUUGUUGCAGUGGCCUUAAUGGUCUGAAAUCUUCAACACCCACUGUUGAUGAACAACGUGCCGCAUGUGAAUGCUUAAAAGAAUUUGCUCGUAGCAACCCUAACAUCAAAGACGACUUAUCUCUCUCACUUCCCAAACAUUGCGGUGUUGAUGUCAGUUUUCCGAUAAACAAAAACAUGAAUUGCAAUGACAUUCAGUGAACUAAAUGGAGAAAAUAAUAAACUAAACAGGGUGGACACUUGGUUGUUCUUAUAAAAAUAAUACAACCCUGUGUAAUACGUGUAAUAUGUUCUAUGAUGUUGUAAUAUAAAAAAGUUGAUGUUAAUAAAUAAUAUGAUAUUUAUGUUUA